CGAAUUCGCAUCACUGCUCUGGAGUUUAUUUGUUCGAUUAGUAUUCACUCUCUUGUCUCUUUGGUAUAAAGAAGUUCCUAGAAGAGGAAAUUCAUUCGCAAAUUCAUUCAUUCAGUGUGUGAAAAUGUCCUGUAACUCGUGGUUGAAUAUUAUUCAAAAUGCUAUGAAAACUGCUGUUAUUGAGGAUGGAAAGCGAAAAGUUCAUUUUUUAUUGGAAAAUGGAAAAGAAAUGGUAGAAGAAUAUAAUUUAGAUACAAAUGUAGUAGUACGAAGAGCAUGGAAAGCAAAAAAUGGUUUCGGAACAAAUAUUGGAUGGACAAUAGAAGUUGGAGAUCCCGAAAUUAAAGUGGAUAAUAUAGAAAUCUAUGGAAUACAAGAAAGUUCAAAUGCUCCAAUUAUUACAAGAAGAAUUACAAAAACAUCUCUGGAAUGGCGAAUUAGAAAUUUGCCAUAUCCUGAAAGUGUCUAUUCUGUUACCGCAGAACCCGAUGAUACUAUGACAAUACGCACGAGCAACAAAAAAUACUUCAAAAAGAUAAAGAUUCCAGAUCUUGAAAGGAUUGGAUUAAAACCAGAACAGCAAAGAAUAUCAUUUCGGCAUCAGUACAACACCUUAAUUAUUACAUAUAAAAAGCCUCCUCAACUUCUUGAUGUAGAGAAGAAAAUAUUAACUACAGUCUUGCAUCUGAACACAGAUUCUAAGGAUGUGCAAUGUCCGACUAGUUAAUAAAAUAAUUUAAUAUUA